AUGCCUGCUAUUAUCUGGGGCUGCCAUUAUGCGGGUGGUGUCGUUGCGCCUGUAAACCCAGAUCUCUCUGUAUCUGAACUAAAACAGCAGCUCGUGAGAAGCCAUGCAAAGGCCUUGGUUGUGCAUCCGAAAUGCCUCGAGACAGCUAUAGAAGCCUCGCGCCUGGCAGGACUCCCCACAGAAUAUCUCCUAUCCCUGAAUGAUAACAGACAAGAUAUCAAGACAGUCAGGAGUUUUAUUAAGGAGGCACCAGACCCUGCAGGCGAAAUUCUUAGACCAAGCCGUGUCACCCCGGAUAAUCUAGCAUAUCUCGUCUAUUCAUCGGGGACAACCGGGCACCCUAAGGGUGUUAUGAUCUCUCAUCAGAAUGUGGUCGCUGCUGUGCUACUUCAGGCAGAGGUCGAAGCACCGCAUACUCACUGGGAGGCAGAUCAGACUCUGGCGGUGUUGCCAGUCUACCAUAUAUACGGAUUGAUCUGCCUUAUGCAUCUAGCGAUAUGGCUAGGUAUCAAUACGGUACUUAUGGAGAAGUUUGAGCUCCAUCACUUCUGCCUGAUCGUGCAACAAUCUCACAUCACACAUGUAUACAUGGCGCCACCAAUCGUGCUCCAUCUUGCCAAAAAUCGCGAGGUGGACAAAUACGAUCUCACUUUGCUGAAGAUGAUGACAUCUGGUGGUGCUCCUUUGGCGGCUGCCUUGAUCAGAGAGCUUUACUAG